ACCCCUAUUGGAGAACAAGGGUCAAUUGUGCUGCCACAACCCCUGGAGCAGGCAAAAAGAGGACCUUGGGAGCCGACUGCCGAUUGGCCGGCGGCUCAGAAAGGGGGCGGUGCCGGUGAAUUAGUGAUAGACGCUAAAAGGCAGACGUCCUGCAGUGAUCAAACCCCGGGUGAUGUGACAGUGGGCUUGUUUGAAGUGAUUGUCAUGCUAGGCAACACAAAGGCUUACCCCCAGCUUUGGGCCUAAUUAGUUCACUUAGGGCCCUUUUAUAAAAAGGGACACGACUGAGGAGACGGUAAGAGGAGGACCCGGACCUGUAAAUUAAAGGCAAAGCUGAAGACUUUGGCUGAGAAUGCCACACUUAUCUGACUGCAGCUACUUCACCAUGCGGGACGCCACAAGAGCUUCGAAUCUGCGUCGGUCACCCUCCCAACUGUCUCGCGCUCCCUCGCCGCAGGUUCAGAACCAACUGGAGACCUCCAAGUUCCACCUCCACCAGAGCCAGAACCAGCAGGUCAAGCAGUACCUGACGCUCGGCUCCAAGCUGGCCUCGUCGGCGGUCCCGCACCCGCCCCAGCCGCCGCCGCACCCCCACGCCCCCAUCAUGAGGAACGGGCACAUGGCGUCCGUCAACGAACCCGGCAGCGACCCCGACAGCCCCGUCACCCUGAUGACCAUGGGCGGCCAUGACAGCGAGUUCCCGAUGGACGACGUUAUUGACGGCCUCAUCAGUCUGGAAUCGGGCUUCAAAGACGGGGGCCUGGAUUGCAUGGAGUCCAACAUGAUGAUGCAAAACAACGUGUCCCUCAGUGACAGCAUGCUGGACGUGUAUGGGGGUGAACAAGGUAUGAACCCCACUAAUGGUGGACUGAGUCCCACAUCUAACCCCACAAAGCUCACAGUAAAAAGGGAAUGCACAGAACUGGACACUCGGGUCAUGGCCAAGGAGAGGCAGAAAAAGGACAACCACAACUUGAUUGAGAGAAGGCGAAGAUACAACAUCAACUACAGGAUUAAGGAGCUGGGAACGCUCAUACCGAAGUCAAACGACCCCGACAUGCGCUGGAACAAAGGCACCAUCCUGAAGGCCUCGGUGGAGUACAUCAGGUGGCUGCAGAAGGAGCAGCAGCACGCCCGCGACUUGGAGGGGCGGCAGAAGAAGCUGGAGCAGGCCAACAGGAGGCUGAUGCUCAGGAUUCAGGAACUUGAGAUGCAGGCUCGAGCGCACGGCCUCCCGAACAUGGCCACCUCUUUGGGGACGACAGAGCUGUCCUCGCAUCUCCUCAAGCAGCAGCAGUCGUCCCCGCGGUCCCAGCAGCCCCCUCUCUACCAGGAAGACCCAAACAAUGAUUACCUCCAAAGGUUAGCCGCGGUCGCCGGCGUCCCGUCCCUCCAGGGCGGCUCCGCCUCCGGGCCUCAGGACCACAUAGCGGGCGUCGACGGCUGCACCACCUUCUCCGACCCGCUGUCCCACUUCACGGAAAUCUUCAGCGCCACCCUCAAGGGCGAGCACCGGCUGGACGAGCUACUCAUGGACGACCCGCUGUCGCCGUUCGGCGGCGACCCGCUGCUGUCGUCCGGGUCGCCCGGGGCGGCGUCCAAGGACAGCAGCCGGCGGAGCAGCUUCAGCUCGAGGGAGGGCGACGAUCUAUAAUGAAGGCAGGGGGUCAAAGGUUAAACUGGGCAUCAGACUGACUGAGCUCGCCUUGUAUAUACUGUACAGUUCUUACUGAUCCAGAAUCAGCUCAUGGACCUCCCAUAAAGAGACUGACUUCAAAAAGGGAGACAUUUACUGGCCUUUGGAUAAAUAACACUGUAGUCGCUGUACACUGAAAACUACUUUUUAUUUUUGCAUCGUUCCUUCUGCCUUAUUCUUCCACCGCAGUGCCUAACAUGCUGUGUUUUUAUAUUUAUACGUCCUUGUAAUCAGAUAAAUAUAUAUAUUAUUAUCCAACAUGUUACUUUUGUAUGUCUACUAGGGGUGGGGAACACUAUA